UUCAAGAAUUUUGAAGCUGCUACUCCAUCAUUUUUCAGCAAAUGUAGUCUUUUAGCAAUUAGAAAUUCUGAAGAGUGCAUUGCUUUAUUACUUACAAAAUUAUUGCAAAAAGAGAUUGUUCGCUGCCAAAUUAUUAUUUAUUAUGUGAAAGUCGAUAAUGCGCAAACAUCCCUUAUUUAA